CUUUAGGAACUUUUUGACAAUCCCCAGAGCCAGCCUCCGAACUUGCGCUUCUCUUGCCAUUUGAGCACAGUCGCCCGCAAAAAUGGCACCCACAAAAAAGAACGCAAAGGCGACCAAGAAGUUUGAAAAGAAACAUCUCAAGGGUGUCCUGGACAAGCGCAAGGAGGAGUCAAAGGUCAAGAAGCGAUUCCAAGCCAAGAACAAGAAGCAAUCGAAGCACACAAAGGACGAUGAGUUCUUCAAGGGCCCCAAGGAUGCCUCCAAACAGCCCAGCGACAAGAAGAAACCAGGCGCCACUGUCAGCAGCAUGAGCGUCGACGACUUCUUCAGCGGUGGCUUCGAGAUUCUCGACAAGGGCAAGGACACCAAGAAGGCUGGCAAGAAGCUGGGCAAGAGGAAGCGAGAUGGCCAGGAUUCGGAGGACUCAGACGAAGACCACAGCGGUGGCGCUGGUGAACCGGAAUCUGCCGACGACAGCGAAGAUGAAUCAGGCGGAGAGAACAUCGGGAUUGGCAGAGAGGACAUGGAUGCAUUGGCCAAGGAUGACCCGGAAUUCUACAAAUACCUGCAGGAAAAUGACCCUGAAGCGCUCGAAUUCGACGAAAACGUGGACAUGGCCGAGAUUGACGAGUUGAGCUCCGGGGAAGACGAGGACCGACCAAAGAAGAAGCAGAAGAAGGGCAAGAAAGCGGCUGAUGAGGAGUCGGACGACGAGUUCUCAACACGCAAUGAGCUCACAAAGGCGAUGAUCGCAAGAUGGAAAGCCUCAAUAGAAGACAACAACUCCCUCAGGGCAGCGAGGCAAGUUGUUCUGGCCUUCCGAAGUGCUGCGCAUCUCAACGAGGACGACGAAGAGAACACGCAAAAGUACUCCAUCACAAGCCCAGAGGUCUACCACGACAUCCUCGUCGUUGCGUUGAAGCAAAUACCAGACGUCUUACAGCAUCACGUGCCUGUCAAGGAGACGGCAAGUGGCAAGGUCUAUGUGCCAACAGACUCGAAGAAGUUCAAGACACUCUCGAUACUUGUCAAGAGCUACACAGCAUCGGUUCUUCACCUUCUUGGAACACUCUCUGAUGAUGCCACACUUAAACUUACACUGUCCGCCUUGACACCAUUACUGCCCUACCUGCUGUCGUUGCGCAAGGUCUUGAAGAAUCUCAUCAAGACUGUAGUGCACUUUUGGUCACAGUCCUCCAGCAGUGACGCCACCAGAAUCACGGCAUUCCUGGUUCUAAGAAGACUCGUUGUUAUCGGGGACAAGGGCAUUCGGGAGGCUGUUCUCAAGGUCGCCUACCAGGGCCUGAUCCAGGGCAGCCGGUCGACGAACCCCAACACCAUACAAGGCAUCAACCUGAUGAAGAACUCUGCAGCUGAGCUCUGGGGCAUCGACCAGAGCAUCGGCUACACAACCGCGUUCACCUUCAUCCGUCAGCUCGCCAUUCACCUGCGAAACAGCAUUACCCACAACCAGAACGAGUCAUACAAGGCCGUCUACAACUGGCAAUAUGUGCACUCCCUAGACUUCUGGUCCUGCGUGCUGGCCGAGCACUGCAGUAUGCUGAAGGAGGCCGAGCAUGGGAAGGAGAGCCAGCUGAAGCUGCUCAUCUACCCGCUCGUCCAGGUCACCCUCGGCGCCAUGCGCUUGAUCCCCACAGCCACCUACUUUCCCCUGCGAUUCCAGCUCAUCCGCUCCCUCCUGCGGCUGUCCCGUGCGACGGGCACGUACAUCCCGUUGGCUUCAGCCCUGAUCGAGGUUUUGAAUUCUGCCGAGAUGAAGAAGCCUCCAAAAGCUACGACGCUGAAGGCGCUGGACUUCAGCGUCCAGUACAAGGCACCCAAGUCGUACUUGCGCACUCGUGUCUACCAGGACGGUGUUGGCGAGCAGGUUGUCGAACUAUUCUGCGAGUACUUUGCGAUCUGGUCCACCAACAUUGCCUUCCCGGAGUUUGCUCUGCCUGUCGUGGUCAUGCUCAAGCGAUGGAGCAAGGAGGCUAGGGGAAACAAAAAGGGCAACAGUGGCAACAAGAACUCCAAGCUUGUUUCGCAGAUUUCGCUCUUGGUGCAGAAGCUGGAUGCGAACGCCAAGUUCAUCGAGGAGAAGCGGUCCAAGAUCGACUUUGCUCCUAAGAACAGGACGCAGGUGGACAAGUUCCUCAGCGGAUUCGACUGGGAGAAGACACCCGUAGGAGCGUUUGCGAUGGGCCAGAGGAAGCAGAGAGAAGAGAGGCGUAAAAUGCUGGAGGAGGCACGAAAGGAGGACGACAGGAAGAGGAAAGAGGAGGAGCAGAAGAAGAUUGAGGGAAGCGAUGAUGACGAAGAAGAGGAGGAGGAAGAGGGAGCCGGGAGCGAAGAGAGCGAAGGCAGCGAGGACGGUGAGGGAUCCGAAGAGGAUGAGCUCGAGGACGAGCUGUCCGAGGGCGAAGCUGAGUCCGAGGAUGAGGAGGAAUCCGAAUGAUUUCCCAUCGGACCGGCUUUCUACUCUCACAGAUAGCACGGCGAGAGAGUGUUCUGUUCACGAGGAGGCUUAGCUAUUCACAUCCGUCGAGCUCAAUACCCAUACUAUUAUGUGUAA